CUCCACCUCCACUGACCUUAGGCGACAAGGCAGCAGAGCAAACCUCCCUCACACAAUACCUGCUGAGCCUCAGAGCUCAUGCUUGCAGUAUUUUAUCAUACGCUUAUUUCACUUUAAACGGAGCAGGAUUCUGUUGUUGCGUCUAACAUUGUGCGGAUAAAAAGCUAGUUUGAAUACAUAGCAGAGACUUUGUACAUUUGGUCCAACUGUUUUCCCUCCAGCAGCCCGAUUCGCAGAUCACCCGGGAACAACUAAGCGAAGCUCCAGAGACAUGGAUUUUAGGAUUGGACGCAUUUUUGUGGGAAUGACUCAAGCCAAACUUGCAUCUGAUUCUUAAUCAGUCUUCUGUUGUUGGAUAUAAUGCUGGAUUACUCAAGAUGACUGAGUUGAAUUAUGCUUUCAUAAGCGAAAACGGGAAGGAAGUGGAUAAAACUUUGGACUGGAGUUGUAUAGACUGGCAUGCGAGGAAAACGGUAAAAGGGACGGAUGCACAGACUCAAACCCAAUGCGUGCAAAGCGAGGACAAAGACACACAAACGGCUAAUCCUUUCAUAAUGCGAAUAGAUUUAGGAAGGACGUCGUCCAGACUGAGGUAUGGUUCCCUCACGGAGUCUGACGGCAUACCCGCACAUUUAUUCCAGUUUGAUAGACAAGCCCCGGCCCGUAUCUCCACGUCCCCCACUCUGAGGAGAAUGAGGAGUACGAGAAUCUCCUACAGAGAUCCAAGCAAGUUGGACAGUCCUUUAGGAGAGGAGUCUCCCACUCCGACGAGUCCCCUUUCUCCAUUAUUCCGGCUGAAAUCUCCACUGGCUGUUCAGUUGGAUGGAGAGAGCGGGAACUUUGAAUCUUCAGUGAUUCAUGGGAAAAUGAGAUCACACAGAUCAAAGACCCUUGACAAUGGUGUCAUUUGCAAAAGCAAAGAGUCUCGUGAUUCAAAAGAGCCUGUUUCUGAUGACAAUGAGAGCUCCACCGAUGACAAUGAGCAGGUCAAAGAUCUCUGCCAUAAAAGGCUGCAGGAGAGGAGGCGGAGCUCCGUGGUUGUGAGUCUUCCUGGAUUGGAUGUUUCCCCUGGAGAUUUGUUUGUGUCCAAUGGCGUUGCUGAUAUUUUAAAUAAAUCAGCCUUUUCAGACACUAAGAAAUCAAAGUGGCCCUUCUCGAGGCGUAGUACAACAAAAGGGAAGAUUCGCAGCGUGGCCGACAUUGACAAGUGUCUCGCUGGCAUUCAGAUCCAGGAAUGGAGGGACACAGACUUUCAGACAUAUAAGGAUAUGUCUUUGGAGGACUUUUUGAGAGGUCGCUCUGAGCUGGAAGCAGCGGAGAAUCCAAAAAACUACCGAAAACAGAAGGCCAUUUGGGAGCUUUUCACCAGUGAAUGUGUCUACUUCCUUGAUCAGCUUAUGGUUUUAAAAGAGGUGUUUUUGACCACACUGUCAGAGCUGCAGAUGAGAGAUUGUCUACAGGACAUUGACUCCUGGAGACUCUUUGCAAAUCUCAAUGAGCUCUGUCUGGUUAGCUUCGGCUUCCUUACUAGUCUCUUGCGUGUCAUUAAGGAGAUGUGGACCAAUCCAGACAGCAAUAGUACUCAAUCUCUUCUUGAACUCCUUAGAAAGGCGUUUGGUGAGAGCAUAUGCCAUUGUCUACAGAAAUACUGCCUGAAUUACAGUACGGCCAUCUUUUAUCUGGACAGCCUGAAGCUCAGGGAGGACUUUGGCUCUUUCGUGAAGUGGUGUGAACGUAACGAGCAGUGCCGCAGGCUGCAGUUGAAGGAUCUGCUGGUGAUUCCUCUGCAGAGGUUUACACGGUACCCUCUGCUGUUGAAGAAUAUUGGGAAGAGGAGUUGCUCGGAGGCAGAGGAGAACACUAUACAGAGCAUCGUGGAUCUUGUCGACAGAGCCAUCUAUGAUCUUGAAGGAAAAGUAAAGUGGUUGGACAACUACCAGAAGGUGAAGCAGUUGAAGGAAUCUCUAGUGUGGCUUCCUGUGUGGGAGCAAGACAAGAAGGCAAAUGUUCCUGAGAAUCUGAAGCACUUGCUAAAAGCUGUAACCCUGGAGAACCUGGUGUCUCACCGUAGUCUUCUGCACGAUGGAAAGCUCGUUCUCAUAGAAAAUGCAAAGUUGCAUGAGGUCUACCUAUUUCUCUUUGACGAAUUCCUUCUAAUCACGAAGAUCAAGAGAAGCAAAAAGAAGUCUGGCAUAGUGGAGUCAAACGCCCUGCGUCCAGCUGCGGGCCAAGAGCUUGAGCUCUUAUUACAGGAGGGCUGUAGUUUUACUGUCCUGGACCAGCCCAUCUCUCUGGACCGCCUACAGUUAAAGAACAUAGACCAGUUCAAUGCCACAGCAUCUGGUCUGCCCAAUUCAUUCAUAAUAAUGCACCAGAAUCGUUACCAGCAGUGCAUUGGAGUCUUCAUUCUACAAGCCCAGACUGAAUCUAUGAAGAAAGCGUGGGUGUCUGUGAUUGAGGAUGCCAUCAAUUCUCUGCUGAAGCAGGACUGUCAGCAGCCGCGGGUCAAGAACUCUUUUCUUUAUCUGGAGUCUUCACAGAUCUAAUUUAUGCAGAGACUUUCUGUAGAAUCUUCUCCAGAGUGCCAAAAGACCACUGCAAUGCAGAAUGCAUCUCAUUUACUUUUAAGGAGAAGUUCUGCCAGAAAUGAAAAUUCUGUCAUUUACUCACCCUCAUGUCGUUCUAAACCUGUGUGACUUUUUCUCUUCUGUGGAACAGAAGUUUAACCGAACACAGUACAAUGGGAACUGAGGCUGUCUAACUCUUAAAAGGACAGAAGUAUUAUGAAAGUCCUCCAUAUGGCUCACAUUGUGCUAAACAUCUCCUUUUAUGUCCCAGAAAGAAAGUCAUAGAGGUAUGGAACAAUGGUAUUUGACAGUUAGGGUUGAUUUUAAAGUGACGUUUUCCACGAAACAGUAAUUUAUUCUUUUUUUUUUGUUUGUUGUUGUUAUAAAUGGAUAUACAGCACAGCUGUAACAGUGGUGACCCCAAGCAAUUUGAAGUUCCACAAGAGGAACACAUUUUUUUUCAGUUCCCUUUUUGAAUUUUUGGAGAACGAACAAUGUUGCACGUUCCUGUCGCAAAUAAAGUUGAUGAACUUG